GGCCAGUCUGCUUAUGUAUAAAUGCCCUGCUGAUUUCCAAGCGUUGGCCGUCGCGCAGACUACGGGAAUCCUCGUCUUCCAACUCUUGAGCUUGUAGCCCAUCUCCACGUGAACCACGAUGACCGAACCCAAGCUGGAACUUGAUGGAAGUUUGGGCUGCAUAUUCUUCGUGGGAUUAUUCUCGUUGAUGCUGUACGGCUGCACGUGCGGCCAAGUCCUGUACUACAUCACUCACUACGGUUUCACCGACCAUAGAUACAUUACGAUCAUUGUAAUACUCAUCUGGAUCUUGGACACGGGCAAAACGAUAGUGGAUAUGAUUUGCGGCUGGGAGUUCUUGGUUUGGACCCAUGGAGAUGCCUUUGCAUUGUUGGCAAGAUUACCAGGCAUUCUACCGGGCGAGUUCGUCCUUUCCUGCAGUACCAUCUUCAUAAUACAAUGCUGCUAUCUACACACCAUAUGGAGAUUCCUCAAGGAGUCGCAACAUCACAGGCAUUGGGUACUCUUCAUGCUUCCGCCGCUACUAUUGACCGUAGUGUCGCUCAUCGCUGGAUUAGUUGGCGCUAUGCAAAUUCGCAUGGCUGAUGGGAUGGACAUGGCGUUGUCGAAAGCCAAGGCAACUGGGUCGAUCCGUCCUGGAUGUUCUGCGAUCGUCGACAUCUACAUCACCGUGUGGUUGUGCUAUCAUUUACACGACGCCAGGACAGGUCACAAACGCUCUGACACCAUAGUGACAAAGCUCAUCAGCUACGCGAUAACCCGGGGGUUUUGCACAUCUGUCGCACAAGUCCUGGCAUUCGCCCUCUUCCUUGUCGAUUCACGAAAUGAUACGUUGUAUUCUAUGAUAUUCUACAUCCCGGCAAGUACACUCUACGUCAACUCUCUUCUUGCCAUGUGGAAUGCGCGAAAACACAUUACACAGAUAGGCACGCCGACGAUUCCCAGUACAUGGGGUGGCGCCGACAUAUCUCUCGAGGACCGUUCCAUGAGGUCCUCCUCUCUGGAGACGCCAACACGAAGGGAGAGGUUCGCCUCGCGGCCGUCGACGUUAGCAGGCUCAAGCUUCAUGGAAGACUUUGAUCGUUGAACUUGAAGGGGAAGCACAGACGAUUGGGUCAUAACUCCUUGAACGCUUUUCUCACCAUCUUGCAUAUCAGAUUGAAUUUUGAGCACACGGACUCGGACUUUAUCUCACAGUAGGAACGCCCACUUCGAGUCCAUUAGUGUCGCACAGUCCCAAUAUCGUAGGUGGGAUGCGUCUCUGCAUAGAUCUCGGACGCUAUCGACGAAUGUUGUCUUGUCGUACGGACUAGAAUUUUACAAGAACAUUGUAUUGCGCCCUAGUUGAGCGCUGAGCCUCGGUCAGGUCGCGCAAGCAAGUAUCGAGG